ACUAUAUAAGUUCCUCUUUUUCAGUUCUUAUUCAGAUGAACCAAGGCUCUGAGUGACUGCAGGAGGCAAAAUGUCAUCAAGAGAAGAUGAAGAUUAUGAAGACAAUUACGAAGAUGAUGGUGAUGUAAAUGAUGAGGUGGAGGAAGAUGAAGCUGAGGAAGAAGUUGAAGAGGAUGAGGAAGAAGAAGAAGAUGAGGAGGAGGUAGAAGUAGAUGAGGAAGAGGAGGAGGAGGAGGAGGAGGAAGAUAAUGAGGAGGAGGAAAAUGAAGAUGAGGAAGAAGAUGAUGAUGAUGAUGAUGAUGAUGAUGAUGAUGAUGAGGAAGAAGAUGACGAAGAAGAUGAAGAUGGUGACAAGAUCUCCGAUAUCAUCGCAAUGGGCUUAAGCGAUCUCGCUGUCUCCAGUAUGCCAGAUGAGCUGGUGCAUAAGAAAAUGCAAAAGAAGAUUCGCAAAAUGAAAGAGGCGGGGGUCGAAAAAGCUGUUAUUAUCGCUGAUACAAAGGCUAUGAUGCAUAAAAUCGAGAAGAAAACACAAAGAAAAAACGCAGCUGCAGCUGGUACAAAGGCUACGAUGCCGAAAACCCAGAAGAAACAAACGAAGAUAAAAGCCACUGCAACUGGAACAAAUGCUGCGAUGCCGAAAACCCAGAAGAAACCAACAAAGAUAAAAGCCACCUUAACUGGUACAAAUGCCACGACACCUAAAGUCCAGAAGAAACAAACGAAGAAAAAAGCUGCUGCAGCAUCUCAUUAAAUAUUUAGCUCAACAGUUUUAUUUUUAUUAUUUAUGUUAUUGUUAUCAUUAUUAUUAGUAAUCGAACCUGAAAAUACAUUGGUCACUUCUACAGCA